AUGUGCUGUCAAUUCACUACGGAUGGAAAACGGCUCGCUGUUGGACUCUCUGACGCAACCAUUCGUAUCUACGACGUGAAAACUGGUCAGUUCAGGCAUCAGCUGAUCGAUGACAAUACACUGGCUUGCCAUCUGCCCGUUACACAGAUCCGAUUCCGUACUUUUGCUCCAGAUGAACAAACCGAUUACAUGCACAUACUCAUCGCAUCCUAUGCUUCCGGUGACGUCAAAGUAUGGCACUACACUUCCGGUACCUGUCUGUACACACUAUCUGAAGAACGUCAGACAAUGACAGUGACGCUGAAUCCCGAUAAAAGCAGAUUCCUAACGGCUGGCUCGGACGCACUUAUUCACAUUUAUGACUUAGAAAGCAAGAAAAGACUAAACACGUGUGCAGCAAGUGAUUCAAGACACUUAAUGGACGGACAUAGGUUUCGGAUAUUUGCAACACAAUACCAUCCUUAUUCUCCAAACAUCUUUUUGUCCGGAGGAUGGGACGACACAGUGCAGUACUGGGACGACCGGAAGCAACAUGCCUUCAGGCAAUUUGCUGGACCCCACAUCUGCGGUGAAGCUCUCGAUAUAGAUCCGGUACAGAAUCAAAUUUUGACAGGUUCUUGGAGAAGAGGUGAAGUCUUACAGAUCUGGGAUUUCCCUACUGGUUGUAAAAUCAAAGACAUACCGCAGAAUCCUCUCGAACCAUGUCUUUUGUAUUGUGCUCAGUGGAUGGGGGAUGAUUGUAUAGUAAGUGGUGGUUCCAAUGACAACAUGGCCCAGAUACAUGACCGAAGUUCAACAAAGGUCAUCGGCCGUCUGUAUAAUCUUCCGAAUUCAGUAUAUUGUAUUGAUAAUGAUGGCAACAGCAACUGCCCGACGUUGGCCGUUGGAUUUAGCCGUUUUAUUUAUAUCUUGCGUCCAGAAGCGGAGAGAAGAUUUUUGCAUUUAUUUAUUCUUUCUCUCAUAUUAUCUUUCAUUUCUCUUCUCUCUUCUUUUCCUCCUCGUCUUUCUUCACCUCUUAAUUCCUUUUUGUUCUUUCUCUCCUUUCUACUUUCACCCUUCUUUCUUUUUUUAUUCUUUUCUUUCGUGUCUGUUUAUUUUCUUCCUUCUUUCUUUCUUUCUUUAUUUCGUGUCAAUUUUUAUAUUUCUUUCUUUCUUUCUUUCUUUCUUUCUUUCUUUCUUUCUUUCUUUCCUACCCUUUCGUUUGUUUAUUUGUUUCUUCUUUACCCUCUGCCUUUCUACCCUCCCCCGCUUUCGCCACACCAAUUCUCUAUCUUCUUCCUUUCUUUCAUUCCCUUCUUUCUCGUUUUUCCUUUCAUUUCUGUCGUCUCAAUGUCAAUUCUCUAUUUUCGUCCUUUCUCUCCUUGA